GAGCCCCGCAUAACACGGAACUGAAGUCUUCGCAAUUUCCUCACAGAAGAAGGGUAGGGCGCAGGGCGGCUGGCCCCCAACAAGAAGAGCGCUACUUGGCCGACCCUACCGAUCUGCUUUAGUCAUCAAUUGAGGCCUUCAGAUGAGAUUUAAGACGUAUGCGUGUUUUUAAGUUGGUUUUUACGCUAAUACUUUACUGGCCAUCUAAAAAUUACAGCCCGACAAAAUGACAGAUCCUGUAGUAGCCGACACUCGCCGGUUGAAUUCUAAGCCCCAGGAUCUGACGGAUGCUUACGGUCCCCCGAGCAAUUUUCUGGAAAUAGAUGUCUACGAUCCCCAGAUCGUUGGAGUGGGAAGAAACCGUUACACUACUUAUGAAGUUCGAAUGAGGACAAACCUUCCCAUUUUCAAAUUGAAGGAUUCGUGUGUGAGGAGAAGAUACAGCGACUUUGAAUGGUUAAAGAAUGAGCUGGAGAGAGACAGUAAGAUUGUGGUACCACCCCUGCCGGGGAAAGCACUAAAAAGACAGUUGCCGUUCCGCGGCGAUGAGGGCCUUUUUGAGGAGUCUUUCAUCGAGGAGCGGCGAGUGGGCCUGGAGCAGUUCAUCAACAGAAUUGCAGGUCACCCCUUGGCCCAGAACGAGCGCUGUCUUCACAUGUUUCUUCAAGAGGAGGCCAUCGACCGCAACUACAUUCCUGGAAAAGUAUGAAUGAAAGGACACGGACUUCUGCGCCUGCCACCUGUACAUUUCCGUCGACAUCGCUUCAUUAUAGAGCUGACAGGAAUGUCCGAUGCACCAUAGAUACGAUUAAAACAAACUGAAAAACAGUGUUUAUGAAGAGGUCCAACAGGAUAAAACGUCAUUCUGCACACUGUGUGAAUUCCUUUUUGACUCCAUGGACAACAUGCUACUUAUAUAUAUAUAUAUAUAUAUAUUUUAGCCAUUUUCUUGUUUAUUUACAAUAUCUGUUUUAGUUGAUCAAUCCAAGAUAUUGUGUUUAGUUUCCAGCUAAAAUGUUAUUUUGAUGAUCCUGCCAAAGUCAAGCAGCAUGUAGCAUCUAGAACAAUACAAAGUAAACCUUAAUGAGUUUUCUGCACCAUAUUAGUGAUCAGAUCAUCCCCCCAUUUGGCUACGUGAUGCGAAAUCGACGAACGGGAAUGCGGCGAAUAACCAUAUCAAAGCACUGUGACAAAAGGUUUUCUCUUCAGCGAUGUAUCACUGGUUCAAGUUGUUCAGGAUCUGGAUUAUUGUGGAUGAGAAAUUAGGCCUAAUUUGUGCUCAUUUUUCUGCUCUUUAAUAAUUUUCUCUAUAUUAUUGUGAAGUACUACAAUCUGUCACUAAAGUUCAUCUUUUGGUUACUGAGAAUCUUUCACCAAUUAAAAUUUCCUGCUGCCUGC